UUAUCAAAAGUUUGGGGGCAGGAAAAACAAUUGAAUGCAUUAGUAAAAGCGCUUUCUUUAUUUUAUUACUUUAAAUUGUUUAUUUUAAUCGCGGUUUGUGGAUUGUCACUUACAGUCGAUGACCGGUUAUUUGGAUGCAAUUACAUUUGGCGGGAACAGCGCUGCGACGCAACCGGUCAUUAAUUUCGCAAUCUUGCGCGCGAUUAGGAAGUAGCUUAGCUUAGCUAAUGACGCCCGCGUUUUUUGGCUAUAGUCACGCGUAAACAAUAGAUAUAAACACUAAAUUGUGGCCAAGGUCACCUCGUGUUUCUAGAUAAAUCAUAUACUGUGUAAUAGUUUCGGUUGGGGGCUUGUUAGGUCUUGCUGACGUGUUUUAUCAGCUGUUAGUACAGCGCGAGCUCUCGGCGUAAACAUGACGGAGUGCUACAUUCGCGUGGCGGAGGAUGAGAAUGAGGAGCCCAUGGAGAUCCCAUCCGAGGAGGACGGCACCGUGCUGCUCUCCACCGUCUCCGCCCAGUUCCCCGGUGCCUGCGGCCUGCGCUACCGGAGCCCCGUGUCCCAGUGCAUGAGAGGGGUCCGGUUAGUGGAGGGGGUUCUGCAUGCACCCGAGGCAGACUGGGGCAACCUGGUAUACGUGGUCAACUAUCCGAAAGAUAACAAAAGGAAGAUGGAUGAAAUGGAUGCUGCAUCUGCUGUGAAGAUCAAGAGAGGUGUUCAGAAGACAUCAGACCUGAUUGUUCUUGGGUUGCCGUGGAAAACGACCGAGCAAGACCUUAAAGAUUACUUCAGCACUUUUGGGGAGGUUAUCAUGGUACAGGUGAAGAGAGAUACAAAAACUGGAAAUUCCAAAGGAUUUGGCUUUGUAAGAUUUACAGAAUACGAAACACAAAUUAAAGUCAUAUCCCAGCGGCAUAUGAUUGACGGAAGAUGGUGUGACUGCAAACUCCCCAAUUCAAAGUAUUUCCUGGAACAGGCUGGCCCAGAUGAGCCUAUGAGAAGCCGAAAAGUGUUUGUGGGCCGGUGCACUGAGGACAUGUCUGCAGAUGAGCUUAGACAGUUUUUUAUGCAGUAUGGCGACGUCACAGACGUAUUCAUCCCCAAACCUUUCCGAGCUUUUGCCUUCGUCACCUUUGCUGAUGAUCAGGUUGCCCAGUCCCUCUGUGGUGAGGACCUGAUUGUUAAAGGAACCAGUGUACACAUCUCCAACGCUGAGCCUAAGCACAAUAAUAGUAGGCAAAUGAUGGAUCGUGGGCGUUUCGGGGGGUUUGGGGGGCAAGGCUUCGGUAGUAGUCGCAGUCCCAACAACAAUGUGAAUUUUGGGGCCCUUAGUCUGAAUCCAGCCAUGAUGGCAGCUGCUCAGGCAGCCCUCCAGAAUAGCUGGGGCAUGAUGGGAAUGCUGGCCAAUCAGCAAAAUCAGACAGCCGCCUCUGGCACCACCCCUAGUGGACAGACCAGUGGUAGUAGAGAUCAAAGCCAGAGUUACAACCCAAGCAGCAAUAACUACAACAGCAGCACAGCUAGUCUUGGGUGGGGGGCGGGAACCAAUUCAGGCUCAAGCAGUGGGUUCAACUCUGGAUUUGGAUCUAGUAUGGAGACAAAGUCAAGCUGGGGAAUGUAGAGAGAUUUGAACUGGGGAUUGAAGUCUCUAAUAUCUAGAUUAUAUGGUAAGUAUUUUGAGAGAAGAAAGAUUAGCGAGAUAAAAUGUCCCUUUUAUUUCCAAAAUAUUUGAUUUUGUAAAACUGAAUGUUCAUUAAUGUGUAAUGAUUGCUCUUUAAGAUUAAUUCAGAGUGGUUGAAAUUGUUAGGAGUGAUUAUAAACACUGUUAGAAAAUGUGAUCCUUUUUUUCUUUAUGGAUAUAAUUGAUAUAUAAUUGUUGCAGUAUGCCCACAUAUCUGAAACAUGCAUGAGCAUAUCUUACUUUUUUAGUGCCCUCUCAGCGUACAUUUAAAGAUGCUCCAUAUGGAAAGUUAUUUGAGUUGUAUUUAGAAUUUUUUUUCCUUCAACGUUUUUUAUGGUCAAGCAUUCAUAAAUCUCUUCUACAGUUCAUCACCUCUUUUCCAAUUUCCCGGGAAGAAGCCCUUCAUUGGCCGCAAUGUUCGAGCGAUCUCAGUAUCAGUUCCCUUCUUCCCAUGUGUAAAUGCUUUGCCAUCAAAGAGCACAGCUUCACUCUGCAUAUACUGUGUUAGACGGUGGGUGUUGUCUUUUUCUCCCCUUUUCAUGGAUGAAAUCUGUCCGCUUUUUUGAGAGCUGAGUGAGAUGAUGGAUUGUUGGUGGGCCAAGAGUGAGAGACUGAAUGAGCGAACGGACUGAGAGAGAGAGAACUUGAACGCAAGUGUGCAAAGAACUGAUUGUGCAAUGACAAAGAGCAACGUGAUUGCUGUGAGAAGAACUUGUGUGAGCGAGUGUGUUCUGUAGGACCACCAGAAGGACGUUCCUUUUUAUUCUUCUGUCCCUCUUGUUCUGUCUACCUUCCUCCCUAUCUUAUAUUGCAAACAUAUUUAAAGAGUUGCAUAUAAAAAAAAAAAAAAGUAUAUGUAGUGGAAUGUUUAAGUGAUCUAAGUAUUUGUGUUCUUGCUAUAUAAUUUGAUGUGAAUGCUGUGUAUGGUGUGUGUUCUUUCUCGAUGUUUCUGAAACUGUACGUGUGAACGUGAUGCAAUGCUGUCUGUGGCCGGGGCUCUGUGGGGAGUGGGUGGUGAAUGAGGGCAAGCGAGCUCUGUGUGGCUUAACUGGGGUGAUGUAUUGAAAGCGAAGAAUGACUAGAAGAGGUUGCUUUUGUUAUGUGUUUUGAAUGCUUUUUAUAUGUUUUGUGAAUCAAAGGGAAUUCAAAUAAAAAUAAUUUGACUAGU